GCGAACAUUCGGCCUGGCCUGCGCCUUUCCUCUCCUGCCUGGGCAGCCAGACUGCACAAGCCUCUGCAUUUGAACUGGCUUCUCCGUGGAACUUGGUCUGUAACCACAGAGCAAACUGCAGGACCAGGGGCAGAGAAGUUGAUGGCAAGCCUUUUUCCUCGCAAUAUCCAGAGGCGGUUCUAGUAAAGAGGCUGGAUUCCGAGAGGCCAGAGCGGUAUCAUACGAACGCUGUUGCCUGGAGACGGAGUGGGGUGCAGUUGCCUAGAGACUGCAGAAGGCCCGCAGCCAAGCGAGUGGUAAGAGGACGCCGAGAGAGCCCCGGACCCACCGAGCAGCUCCAAGGCUAUGGCGGGACACCCGAAAGAGAGGGUGGUCACAGAUGAGGUCCAUCAGAACCAGAUCUUGCGGGAGCUGUACCUCAAAGAGUUACGAACCCAGAAACUCUAUACGCAGUACCACGUGAAUCCCCUGCGCAAGGUUCACAGGAUUACGAGGAAGCCUAUGUCUUGGCAUGAUAACCUGGACGAACCUGCAGAUGCCAGGUUUCUGAAUCUCAUUCACCAUGCUGCCCAGGGGCCAACGAAGAAGUACCCGGAGGCACAGACUGAAAACCAGGAAAUUGGGUGGGACUCAGAGCCCUUGGUCGACCCAGAACGCCGUGACCACAGGAUGAACCACUUCAGGGUCUACAAUGACAUCACUCUGUACAAAGCUAAAAUGUGGAGCUUGGGAGAAGAUGAUCGCCACAAGUAGCAUCUCAGCGGUGGAGUCAGUCCCUGGAUUUAAUGCCCUAAAUAUCCACUGCCUAGAAGACUAAACAUUAUUUUAACCCCUCGUCCCCCGUCCGUAAUUCAUGGAUAAUGGCAAAAAUUAGGAAGCAUAAAAAAUAUGCAGAAGAAGGAAAUAAAAAUUGCCUAUUAUCUCA